AAGAAAGGGAUGGACUCGUUGCUUAUUGAAAUACGUCAAUGACAGACUGUCAUAUCAUGACUGUGCGGGUGUAGAUAGGUAGAUCCUUAUCGUGAAUAUCCUACCCUGCUAAUACACCCUAACGAAACAGCUCGCAUCGAUGGAGCUUGGAGAACGUGCGACUACUACUAUAACCUACUAUGGCGGACAAUGUACCAUGAAGAAGCAUGGAUAGAGAAGAAUCGCAUGUGGGGUGGAGGAACUAGGCCUUGCUGCAAGCGACGCCCACCAUGCUAUCGUUUGGUCGUUGAUGGGUCUUCUGAGGUCUUCCUUCGGUGCUGUGGAAUUCUCGUCCAAUUGCCCCACUGGUGAUCGACGAUCCUCAACUUUACCCGUCGCCUCGUCUACGCUCGGUAGCGGUCCUCUUUACCCCGCUCGAGUCCAGCCGAGGUGGACCACGCGCUUUUGCCCUGGAAGACAAACACCGGUAUCAGUUCAAAGCCCUCGCGAUCGCAAACUCGCCUCAUCAAGGUUAAUC